UUGACUCAUUUUUCUUGGUAGCACGGCACAGUGAUGUAGUACUGAAUAAAUAUUACGCAGUUUAGAUAAACAGGACAUUCUUUGCCCGAUAGCACAGUUGUUUUCCCCCUUGGAGGGCGGCAUUACAUCUCAUGGUGUACAGCCUUCGGGAAAUCUGUUAGAAGAAGAAGAAGACGUAUUACGCACAGCUCCCCCUACAUCUUCGACCAUUGUUUAGCAUGAGCUAGCUAAUUGCUAAGGGUAAACUAGGAAUACUAUGAGAUAUUAACUUUGUAACCGUGCUUAUAGGACCGUUUGAAUUCAAAGUCAACGUUUGAGAGCCGGGCAAAUCCGCAAUGAGCAAGAGGAAAGCACCGCAGGAAUCCCUAAAUGAGGGAAUAACAGACUUUCUUGUCGAGCUGGCCAAUUACGAGAAAAAUGUAAACAGGGCAAUACACAAGUACAAUGCGUACAGGAAAGCAGCAUCAGCAAUUGCCAAGUACCCUCACAAGAUCAAAAGUGGUGAAGAGGCCAAGAAACUAGAUGGCGUUGGAGCUAAAAUAGCAGAAAAGAUUGAUGAGUUCCUACAAACUGGCAAGCUACGUAAACUGGAAAAGAUUCGAAAUGAUGACACCAGCUCUUCCAUCAACCUCCUCACCAGAGUUACUGGAAUUGGCCCUGCUGCUGCCAGGAAGUUUUUUGAGGAAGGGGUAAAGACAAUAGAAGAUUUGAAAAAGAUUGAGCACAAGCUAAACCACCAUCAACAGAUUGGACUCAAGUACUUUGAGGAAUUUGAGAAAAGGAUCCCACGUGCUGAAAUGGAAAAAAUGGAGACGCUGAUUAUUGGAGAAUUGAAGAAAAUUGAUCCAGAAUAUAUUGGAACAAUCUGUGGAAGCUACAGAAGGGGUGCUGCAUCGAGUGGUGAUAUUGAUAUUUUGCUAACACAUCCAAACUACACCUCUCACACUGAGAAGCAGCCCAAGCUCCUCCGUGCUGUGGUUGACCAUUUGGAGUCUAUUGGAUUUGUGACUGACACGUUGUCCAAAGGAGACACCAAAUUCAUGGGAGUCUGCCAGCUGCAGCAAAGUGAUGAAGAUGAGGAAGAAUGCCUUCACAGACGUAUUGAUAUUAGGUUAAUUCCCAAGGACCAGUACUUCUGUGGAGUUCUGUAUUUCACUGGAAGUGAUAUCUUCAAUAAAAAUAUGAGAGCUCAUGCUUUGGAGAAGGGCUUUACUCUCAAUGAGUACACCAUACGACCACUUGGGGUCACUGGAGUGGCAGGGGAACCUCUAUUUGUGGACAGUGAGAGAGACAUCUUUGAAUACAUCCAGUACAAAUUCAGAGAACCAAAUGUCCGCAGCGAGUGA